GUGUUUUAAAUGCGUUAUUCGUGGAAAAUAUAAAAUAUGCAUUUUAAGUCACAAAAUUCCAGUGAUUAUUGAAAAUGCAAGCAUAAAGAAUUAUGUUGACAUUAUUUUUAUAAAAUUUGGUCGCAGUAAAGAUAUUAAACUAGCUAUUCGACAUCAGAUCGGACACAAACAACUUGAAGGAAGACAAACAUUCUCAAGGUGACUGACAGGUGGCUGCUGAGCCUGAGCUGAGAGGUCGACGAACAGCUGAUUCGUUAUAAUAAUGGCAGAGACAGGAAAGAAACCAUCAUGCAAAAUUGGUCCAUCUAUCUUGAAUGCCGAUUUAUCUAAUUUGCACGAGUCAUGUAUCAAGAUGUUAGAAAGUGGUGCAGAUUAUCUUCAUUUAGAUGUUAUGGAUGGGCAUUUUGUGCCAAAUUUAACAUUUGGACAUCCUUUGGUCAAAUGUUUACGUCCAAAGGUUCCAGAGGCUUUCUUUGACAUGCAUAUGAUGGUAGCAAAUCCAGAAAAGUGGGUGGAUCCAAUGGCUGAUGCUGGUGCUGAUCAGUAUACUUUCCAUAUUGAGGCAACAGAUGGUGCAAGGCUUGAUACGCCAAUCAAAGAAGCUGGUAUGAAGGUUGGCAUAGGUGUUAAGCCUGGGACUCCCAUUGAAGUUGUUGUGCCUUAUGCUGAUGAAGCAGAUAUGAUUCUAAUCAUGACUGUAGAGCCUGGCUUUGGUGGUCAGAAGUUCAUGGGGGAUAUGAUGCCUAAAGUUGAGUAUAUCCGCUCAAAGUUUCCAGAUAUGGACAUAGAAGUUGAUGGUGGUGUUGGACCCGGUACUAUUGAUGCAUGUGCUCAGGCUGGUGCAAACAUGAUAGUCUCAGGCAGUGCAGUUGUGAAUGCUGAAGAUCCUAAAGCUGUCAUCUCUCUUUUGAGGACCAGUGUAGAAAAUGCAUUGUGAAGCUUUACAUUUUAUGUUGUUGGUGCAAUGUUUCCUAUAGUCAAGAAGGUAAUAUGUUAAAGAAAUAUUUCAAAAUACAGAAAGUACAAUAUACUUGAGUAACCUUUUUAUAUUUGGUAAAAAGUAAUAAGGUUAAUUUAUAAUGGUUUAUGUUCAUUGUGCUUUAGAUUUUAAGGUUUUAGGUUUCUUGACAUACAAAUGAAUUUACUGAUAAUAGACAUUCCAUUUCACAACAGUAUUAAUGUAGGAUAACUACUUUUUUUCACCAUGAAUACUCACUACACAUCUAGAAGGGUAGUACCAGGUUUGCACAAAUGUCAUCCAGCCUAAUGCAGACAUUUGAGUUCCAGUAGGACGUCUUGUUUCCUAUUUCUGACAAUUUUAGGCUUUAAAGUAUUGUAGGUAUAGAGUUAAUUUGUAUAUUAGCACCCCAUAAGUCACCCUUAGAGGGAGGAUGAAAUUCUUUUUGAAAUGUGUAGGCAACAGUCAAAAUUUGUGUAAGUGUUACAAAUUAAUAUGAUUUUCAACUCUGGUAUGAUCAUGAAGUAUCUGAAUCUGCAAAAUUCCUCAACUUAAAAGGUUAAUCACAAUUUGUCAGAAAAUAAAAUUGAGUUGAGAACAAUCUACUGUACUUGCUUAUUGUUACAGGGUUGUAUAGCAAGGUUUGAAUCCAUGGUGUUCACUACCAGUUCUUGAUUCUGAUGGUAAUACCUGAAAGGAAACCUGCAAGAUUUGAGAAAAUCAUUCCUUGCAAGUAGGCAAGUUAAAUAGAGCUGCUAUAUGUCAUAUAAAUUUUCCAUUGCAUGUAUAAGAAAUAAAACACUAGUUAAUGUACUUGGUCUUCAGUGAACUUUCAGGAUAAUUGCAGCAGAAAUACAGCAGACUUAUCUUUUUGGCUUGAUAAUUAUAGUAUACAGUUUCUUGUCAGAUAUACUUCGUAUUCCAUACCAACAAAAGCAGUUGUAAUAAAUAGGUGUACUUUACCACAGUCAGAAAUCCCAGCUGUUAUAGGUCAAGUUAGCAACACACAAAAUUAACUUUAUUGUGAAAACUUUUUGUGGUCAAUGAAGGAAUUGUAAUAUCCAUUUUGAUAAGAGGCCAAAGACAAUACUUGUGAAUAAAUAAGCCAAAAAACCUUAUAAAUUCAUAAGAAUUGCAGUUUUACCUAAACCUAGUAAUUAAUAGAUUUCAUAAAUCUCGGGUCACACAAGUUUUAUACAAAUAUUUAUUAAAAAUGGUAAAUGUAAAAGAAACUGCAUAAAUUCUUUAUUGUAAAGUAUACAAAAAUAGUAAAAUUUAAAAAUGGUCAAUAUAAAUUAUAUGACAUCACAAACAACAAACACUGAACAGAUAGUAUAUGUAAUCAAUCUUAA